AUGGUCUCUUACAAGGUCUUCCGAGGAACCCCCGAGGGAAAGAUUGUCUCUGACACCGUCGAGCGUGAGCUUCAGAACCACGAGGUCUUCAUUGAGACAACACACUCUGGCGUUUGUGGAACGGAUAAGCUCUACCAACCCAGCGGAAUUGUCCUGGGUCAUGAGGGUGUUGGAGUUAUUCGUGAAGUUGGAUCUUCAGUGAAGAACGUCAAGGUUGGCGACAGAGUUGGAUUCGGAUACACACAUCAGAUCUGCGGCUCUUGCGACAACUGCUGUACAGAUCUUGACCAGUACUGCCGUGAGCGCCAGAUCUAUGGUUUCUCCGACACUGAUAACGGCUCUUUCUCUUACGGCGCUGUCUGGGACUCAAAGACCGUUGCUCCCAUUCCCGAUGGAUACGACUCCGCUGAUGCCGCCCCUCUGCUUUGCGCGGGAGCCACUGUUUACACAGUCUUGACCAAGUACGGUCUCCGGUCUCAAGAUAGAGUCGGUGUCAUGGGUAUUGGUGGCCUGGGCCAUCUUGCCAUCAAGCUCGCUGCCGCCAAGGGAGCCCACGUCGUUGUCUUCUCUUCCUCCGAGUCCAAGAGACAGGAAGCCAUGGACUAUGGUGCCUCUGAGUUCAUUGUCUUCAAAUCUGGAGACGAGGCUCCAAAGGACUUCAAGCCUGUUAAGCACUUGCUUCUCUGUGGUAGCGCAAAUGUCGACUACAGCAGUCUCGUUCCUCUUGUUGAUACGGAUGGUGUCAUCUACCCUCUAACUGCCGCUCUGGAGUCCACUCCUGUUCCUCUGACCUCGCUCUCCCUCAAGGGUAUUCGCGUCCAGGGCUCACUAGUCAGCUCUCGCGAUAGCCUUCGCAAGCUUCUUGACUUUGCGGCCAGGAAGAACAUCAAGCCCACCAUCAUGACUUACCCUCUCAAUGAGGAGGGUAUUGAGAAGGCUCUGCACGAUUUGAAGGAGGGUAAGGUUCGAUACAGAGCUGUCCUUGUCAAGGAGUAA